CGCAGUGGUCGGUUUCUUUCGUAUUGCACUUGUUAUGUGUAUAUGUAUGUGUGUGUUUGCUUCUGGCAGCAGCGACCGCAGCAGCAGCUGAUGUGGAACAUGGCGCACAAUUUGGCUGGCCAAUAAAUUAAGAUAGUAAACCGAAAGUGUCACGACCACAACGACGACGACGACGACAACGACGACGCCAUUAACAAGUAGAACCCGAUAAACGUGCUGCACCAGAAAAACGACAGACAAUCGAAACAGAAUAUAAAUUGAUAAGUGAAAUUAGAAAUAAAAGUAAAAACAAACCGACGAUAACCGGAAAUCAGUGGCAACCGCAAAAGCAGUAUCAACAAAAGCAACAAGAUCAGCAGCUAUGUAUCGCCCAAAUUUCUACGAGUCAACUUGCCUGCGCUGCAGCGAGACCGUCUAUCAGGUGGAUCGCGUGGGGCCGCUCAAGGAUUUCACAUUCUUUCAUUCCGGUUGCUUUAAGUGCGUACAUUGCGGCACCAAGCUGACGCUGAAGACAUAUUUCAACAAUCAACACAAGCAGGACGACAAAGAGGUCUAUUGCAGUUCACAUGUACCAAAGAGCGGACCCGGCCAUCUGGACCAGACAUCGGUGGGCAUACGUCAGGCCUUGAACGCGCCGCGGACCAACAAAUUUGUGAACGAGCAAAUACGCGGCACCCGCACCGAGAUCGAUGGUGGCUUGGGCUCACGCCAAUCAACGCCCAAUGGCUAUGGGGGCCGGGAGGAGGUGAGCUCGCCAUCCCAAAACGAUUCCAACUACAAAUAUGGACGCUUCGAUGCGAGCGCUUUGCAUAUUGCACAUGCGCUCAAGCAAACUGAAAUCCAAAAGGCUUACAAUAAGGCGCGCGAGAAGCCAAUUGAUUUCUACCUGGCUCGCGAGGAGCAGGCCCACCUUGAGAUGAAGCACCGCAAGGAGGAGGAUGAUCUGUAUCGGAAGUUUGCGCGCAAACGCGAGGAGGAGGAUCGCAAAAUACAGAACGAGUUCCAAGAUGAAUGGGAGCGCGAACUGCAGCGGUUAACGCACAAGUUCGAAAAGGAGCUAGCCACAUCGCGUCGCAAUCGGGACGAGGCAAACGUCCUCACGCUGCGCCACGAGCAGCAGAAGGAGGACCUCGAGAAGAACAUGACGCUGCGGCGCAGCAAGAAAAAGGAGAGCAUUACACGGAAAAUGCUCGAGCACGAACGCUACGAGACGGCUGCACUUGUGGAUCGCCAGUCCAGCGAGAUGCUGGAGUUGAUCAGCGCCCGUCGUUCCGAGUACAUGCAGAGCGAGAGCAUCUUUCUGGACGAUGAGUUCAGUGAGGGCGCAGUGCCCGUUGAGUAUCCAUUGAAUGCUCCAGUGCCUGCACCGCCGGCGGUUAGCAAGUUUCAAAUCUACACGGAUCCCAUUGAGUUCGAGGAUGUCGAUCGCAUUGCCAUCUCGGUGGCGCAGGAGGAUCAGAAGACCUUCACCGAUCUGGUGCGCCAGCUGGUGGGUCGCUGUACCACCGAUAUCGAGAAGGCGCGCACCAUUUUCCGCUGGAUCACGGUCAAGAAUUUGAAUGCCAUGCACUUCGACGAUGAUCUGCGCGGCGACACGCCCAUGGGACUCCUGCGUGGCAUCAAAUACGGCACGGAGAGCUAUCACGUUCUCUUCAAGCGCCUGUGCAGCUAUGCAGGUCUCCACUGUGUCGUCAUCAAGGGCUAUUCGAAGAGCGCCGGCUACCAGCCGGGCGUCAAAUUCCAGGACUCGCGUUUCCGCAACUCCUGGAAUGCCGUUUACGUGGCAGGUGCCUGGCGCUUCGUUCAGUGCAAUUGGGGUGCACGUCAUCUUGUCAACGCCAAGGAGGCGCCCAAACAGGGACGCGGCAAGAACGACAGCCUGCGGUAUGAGUAUGAUGAUCAUUACUUUCUCACCGAUCCGCGUGAGUUCAUCUACGAGUUCUAUCCGCUGCAGGAGGAGUGGCAGCUGCUGAAGCGUCCCAUCACGUUGCGUGAAUUUGAGAAUCUGCCCUUUGUGCGCUCGCUAUUCUUUCGCUAUGGACUCCACUUUGCGGAUGAGGGCUAUGGCGCCGUGGUCUUUACGGAUGAUACGGGCGCUGCGACGGUGCGCAUUGCGAUGCCAACGGACAUGCAGAGCUGCCUGAUAUUCCACUAUAACCUCAAGUUUUACGACAGCGAGGAGGAACUGUCUUACGAUGGUGUCUCCUUAAAACGCUUCGUCAUGCAGUCGGUGAUUGGCAAUAUUGUUGCGUUCCGCGUCCAUGCACCCUGCUCGGGUGCCUUCCUUCUGGACAUAUUCGCCAAUGCGGUCACUCCACAAGAGUAUCUCACGGGCGAGCCCAUGAAGUUCAAGUCCGUUUGCAAGUUUAAGAUCUGCUGCGAGGAACUGCAGACGGUAAUGGUGCCGCUGCCGGACUGCGCCAGCGGUGAAUGGGGUCCCACCAAGGCCACGCGUUUGUUUGGACUCAUACCCAUAACACAUCAGGAUCCAUUGAUAUUCGCCGGGCGUAGCUUGGAUCUACAGUUCCGCAUGUCGCGACCGUUGACAGACUUUAUGGCCACGCUACACAAGAACGGAAUCGAGGAGAAGAAGCUCGCCAAAUAUGUUACACACAGCACACUAGAUGACAUUGUCACGUUCAUCAUUAAUUUUCCGGAGGAGGGUCAGUAUGGUUUGGAUAUAUAUACGCGAGAGCUGGGUGCGCCGCAGCAUCAUCAUCAUCACAAUAACAACAAUAACAAUAAUAAUUCCUCCCCAUCAUCUGGCGAGAAGCAUUUGCUGACGCACUGCUGUAAAUAUUUAAUCAACUCGUCCAAACGCAAUUGAGCUCAGCUGCCACUUGAAUCUGCGUGUGUUAUGAAUUUGUUGGCAAACAAAAUGCAAUAUUAAUUGAUAGUCUAGAUGAUAAGCAGAUACUAAAACAUACAUAAAUAUGUGCAGGUGCUAAGGGGUAUGCCCUUGAAAAGCACCCACUUACAUAUAUAUAUAUAUCUAUAUAUAUAUAUAUCAUGCUCAAUCAUUUGUUAAUCCACACAGGCUUCUGGCUUCAUCAUAUAUAUAUAUCUUUAUAUACAUAUAUAAUCUUAUGUUAACAAAUUGGCAGCUAUUAUCGCAUCGAAUUGAAACAUGUAAAUACUCUAGACUCUAAUCAUUAGUCCUUAAAUAUGCCUAGUAAUACCUGAAAGAUCCAAUUUUAAAUACGUGUUGUACUUAUUAUUAAUGCCUAAUAAUUUAUUAUGAAUGAAACGUAUGUCUCUAAUACACAAGCUUAUAUUACAU